UAGUGAAGAAAAAAAUAAAACAAAAACAAUUAAACCUUUAUUAAAAUCUAUUAGAAACUAUACCACAAGAGCUAAAUUUCUUGUGCUAAAGAAAAGAAAGUAUCCAUGCACUAACAUGCUACACUUCCUUUUUGUUAAGUCAUUUGAAAUACCUAUGUUUUAUAAGAAAAUCAGAACUUCUAACAUUUAUGAAGAAGAAACUAGUUUAAACUCAGGCUCUUCUAAGAGCUUAUUAGAACAAACUAAAGCUCAAGUUUUAAAUAGCCAAGAACUAAAAGCUUUAUCAACACAAAAAGCACAAGAAGCAUAUAUAAUAACAGACUUAAAAGUCAGCAAAAAGUAA